ACAAACACCUCCCUCUUUGUGUGUGUAGCGUGCGUAGGCUCCACCACUGGCUCCGAUAAACAUGUUGACGCCACACAGAUACCUGGCCGGCCUAUAGGCUAUCGUCCCCCUCAGGCGCGCUCCAAGAGAACGGCAUGUGCAGAUAGGCGACGGCUGCUGCUGUUGCGAGCUGUAUACUACAGAGCAUCUGUGCCUUUAACUAUACGUGUUCAGUGCGCCUCUAUCACAGCCCGCAUUCAACUUCCCACAACUCCGACGCGCUCGUAGUAGACUAGAGACACCUUAACCGGAGAGGCACUGGCUCACCUUCACAGCUAGACCCAUGGAAUGAUAACUAUGGAAUACCACUGGAUACUGCUGACUGUGUUUUUGCAGUUAACCUUCCAUCCAGGCAACACCAAGCCCACUAUCACCCCCGUCGGCCCCCACCUUGUCGUCCCACUCAACGCACCCUUCGAGCUGUUUUGCCAGGGUGAGAAGGAGAUGCAGUGGCAGCGGGAGGACCGGCCGAAGGUGCGGGGAGAGAAAAAGAGCGCUGGGAUGUCCUCACUGCACAUCCCCAGGGCUCAACCCGUCCACAUGGGCCGCUACAUCUGCCUGGAGGAGAGCUCCAAGGAGCAGAUCUCCAUCUACGUCUAUGUGAAAGAUCCAGACAAUCCCUUCAGAAAAUCAAUGGUGUUCAACAUUCUCACUCGAGUGGGAGACAAUGCUUCCAUCUCCUGCCUGGCAACUGAUCCAAGUCUGGACAACCUGCGCUUGGAAACAUGUUCCAGUAGAGCUCUGGCCUCUGGUCUCCAGUUUACUGCGAGCCUAGAGCAAGGCAUCCUCAUCCACAACACACAAAAGGCCUACGAAGGUUGCUAUGUGUGCACAGGAAGACUCAGGGAAGAGUACGUCCGAUCACACGACUACUACCUGACAGUAAGACCAGUCCCCGUUGCUCCUCCUGUGAUUGAGAUGGCAACCAAAAGAGUGAUUCUCACCCGGGAUGAGAGUCUCUCCCUAACCUGCAACACCUCUAAUGUCAACGGAGAAAUCACGCUAAAAUGGGUCACCCCGCCUGGCUCGGGUGCCGUCUGGUAUCCACAGCAACCAGCAAAGGUUGACGGUGCUUCUCGUAUCCUGACGGAGGACUUCACCCACGUGCGCAGCGCCACGUUGCACAACGCGGCGGUCGGACAUCAAGACGCUGGGAGGUACCAAUGUGAAGCACAGAAUGAACGAGGGACCAGCUCGCAGUCAGUGUGGCUAGAUGUUUAUGAAAAGGGAUUCAUUAACUUAACACCCACAAUCAACGAAACCAUCCAGGUCCGUUCAGGUGAGAGUUUGCCCCUAAAUGUUGACAUGGAGGCUUAUCCAAAGCCUCACACUUUCUCCUGGAGCUUCAUGGGCCGCGAGCUCAGGAACACAAGCGACCAUGUCAUCACCACACACAGCCAUGAAUACAGGUACAGCAGUGAGCUGAGGCUGGUGCGACUGAAAAUGUCAGAGAGCGGAGUUUACACCUUUCAGGCCUCCAAUGGUGACGCUUCAGUAAACCACACGUUCACCAUCUUUGUGAUCAGUAAACCUGAGAUUGUCUCUCGCGAGGGCCCAGUGGAUGGACAGGUACGCUGUGUGGCGGAGGGGUUCCCCGCCCCACAGAUCACCUGGUACUACUGUGAGCAGCCCUAUGCCAGGUGCUCCCAACAGGUGAAUGCCACCCAGGAGGAGCGCAAUGUCAUCACCGUCACCCUGUUCAGCCCUCUGUUUGGGAAGACGGAGGUCGAGAGUAGGGUGAACGUAAGCAGAGGACGGUUCAGUACUCUGGAAUGUGUGGCUACGGUGGAGGGAGAGCAGGCCUACACACUCUUUUCUAUCAGCGAGAGAACUGUUCCCCAUGAUCUGUUCACCCCUCUGCUAAUUGGCUCUGUAUCAGCAGCAUGCAUCCUCUGCCUUGUCCUUAUAAUGCUGUUCUACAAGUACAUGCAGAAACCCAAAUAUCAGAUUCAGUGGAAAGUUAUUGAGGGCAUCCAUGGAAACAACUAUGUGUACAUUGACCCCACCCAGCUACCGUACGAUCACCAGUGGGAGUUCCCUCGAAACAACUUGCGUUUUGGGAAGACACUGGGAUCUGGUGCAUUUGGGAAAGUGGUGGAAGCCACUGCAUAUGGACUCUCCGAAGCAGAUUCAGUCAUGACGGUGGCUGUGAAAAUGCUCAAAACAAGCGCUCAUGCCACAGAGAAAGAGGCGCUGAUGUCAGAGCUGAAAGUUCUCAGUUACUUGGGAAACCACAUGAAUAUUGUCAACCUGCUGGGAGCCUGCACUGUUGGAGGCCCUACACUAGUGAUCACAGAGUAUUGCUGCUUUGGAGACCUCCUUAACUUUCUACGCAGAAAGAGGGAAUCCUUCAUCUGCUAUAAGCUCGAGGAAGACUGCUACUACCGCAACGUCAUGCCGCAGAGAGACGCAGCUGGUGGCAGCUUGAAUGGCUACAUGUCCAUGAGGCCUUCUGCUGCCGGCAACCUGCCGUUCAGCUCAUCAUCAGAGAAGAGACGCUCACUACGCAAAGGUGACUCCUACGUCGAAGCAGAUGCGGAGAGUGAGAUGUUCGACGAGGAUGGUCUGUCUCUAGACACCGAAGACCUUCUCAGCUUCUCACACCAAGUGGCCAAAGGCAUGGAGUUCUUAGCCGCCAAAAAUUGUAUCCACAGAGACCUGGCUGCCAGAAAUAUCCUCCUGACUCAAGGAAGAGUAGCGAAGAUCUGUGAUUUUGGCCUGGCCCGAGACAUCAACACGGACUCCAACUAUGUCGUCAAAGGCAACGCUCGUCUGCCAGUGAAAUGGAUGUCUCCAGAAAGUAUCUUUGAGUGUGUGUAUACAUUUGAGAGUGACGUCUGGUCCUAUGGCAUCUUGCUUUGGGAAAUCUUCUCACUAGGAAACAGUCCUUAUCCGGGUAUGCCAGUGGACGCCAAGUUCUACAAACUGAUAAAAGAAGGAUACAGAAUGGAUGCUCCAGAGUUUGCACCCAGUGAAAUGUAUCAGAUUAUGAGGUCCUGCUGGGAUGCUGACCCCUUCAACAGACCCCCCUUCAGGAAGGUCGUGGAAAGGAUCGAACAACAGCUAUCAGAUGCCACUAAACAUAUUUAUCUGAACUUUAGCUCCAAGCUUCCUGUGACGCCCAGAGCCAGGGAGGGACCCAGUCCUCAGAGCGCUCCGUUUCACCGUCUCAACUCAGCCAGCAGUAACAGCGGACCGACCCAGCCCUUACUGCUCCAGCACGAGGUCUUCCUCGAGGGGACAACCCUCAGAGCCCAACGGGUGUAAGGACCCACCCAACCGGUUGGGCUGCCUCAGAAAGUGCCUCUAAUGUUCCGCCACAAACUACCCAACCACUACACCUGCCAACCUCCCCGGUACCGGCAGUACGUGUUGCUAACAAAUGGUAAUUGCCAUCUAUUACCAAAAACAACAAAGGAGGAAUGGCUUUUAUCAUUGUUUUUUUCUACUAUUGCCUACUGAUUAGAGGGAGGACAGUUGGACUAAUGCUCCCCUGCUCAUAGCAAAAACUUUUAAGGCUCUGGGCGAGGGUGUAGGGACAUCAAACGUAACGCUAAAACUAAGUACAUUAUUACACUGUUAUUGGUUUUGUUAUUUUUCUUCUUUUUUUGUGUGUGACAUUUUGGCUAUUUCAUAAAAGGUUGUUUUGUUUCUUUCUAUCUAUUGGAGUUUUUUUUCUAUUCUGUGGUUUUUCUGUCAUGGAUAUUUAUGUAGCGUAUUUUUUUUUUUUUUUUUUGGUUGGCGGUUGCAAUUGUUUGGAGGAAAAGCACUUGAGGCACUUGAACUUCACGUCAUUACACACACACCACAUAAAUCAGCUUUCGUUUCUUUCUUUUUUUACUCUUUUUAUUGUCAGUAUUAUUUCCAACUGUUCCGAUCUACGUUGUCACGAAGGAGAUACUUUCUGGGGCCAAUUUAAAUGUAGAUAUGGAGAGUGGUAUAUAAGCUAUUAGUCAGCAUGGUCGGUCAUGCUUAGGGUCCGUAAGUGCUUCAAGUCGAUAAGGAAAUACAUUUCUGCCCUUUUAAUGUUGAUGUCACCACUACAGAACUGUCUUUACUAGAUCUGUUACCACGUGGCAUGGGUCAGCCCACGAUUACACACACACAGUUGUCUUCAGAGAUAUAGUUCAGACAUGGUACGCUAGCUUUUCAUUUAUGUGCUUAUUGACUGUAAUGUAUAUGUGUACAUAUCUGCAGGUAAUGAUAUUAGUCAUUGCUAUACGAUGCGAUGGGAAUUUAAACAUUUGACAAAGAAGACAUUCUGAGAAGCCUUGGCAUUCGUCUUAGCUUUGUUAAGCAUGUGAUGCAGGUGUAUAGUUUGACUUUUUGACACCUGGACUGCUGGAAAGUUCUCUUGUAAAGGUGUAAAUAACUGUUUGGGUUUAUAUGGUUUGCUCUACUGUCACAUCCAGUGUAUGGUCUUUGUUUACAAGCAGGAGACAGGUACUGCCAUUUCUGACAUGUGUUUUCUCUGCUUUUUCUUCCACUUCGUGAAGGACCAGGAAACGGGAACCUUUGUGUUUUGCAAUUGGUGUGUGUUUUGCCCAUGCUAACGCUGUAAUUCCCUAUUUUACAGAAUUAGGGCUGCACCUUACUAAUUAUUUUCAUCAUCGAUUAACCUGUCGAUUAUUUUUUUCGAUUAAUCAAUUAGUUGUUUGGUCUAUAAAAGGUCAGAAAGGGUUGAAAAAUGUUGAUCGGUAUUCCCAAAGCCCAAGAUGACGUCCUCAAGUGUUUGUUUUGUCCACCACUUUCAUAUAGAUAUCAAGAUAUCAUUUCACUGUCCCAGAGGAGAGAAGGAACUAGAAAAAAAAUCACAUUUAAGAAGCUGCAAUCAGAGAAUUUUGAAAAUUACUCAAACCAAUUAAUCCAUUAUCACAAAAGUUGCCGAUUAAUGUAAUAGUUGAAAACGAAUUGAUUCAUCUUUGCAGCUAUAUACAGUAUACAUCAUAGCUAAAGUCAGGGUGAUGUGCAUGUGAAAUGCCAUUAAGUGGACUCUGCAAUGUUCCCUGCGAGUGGCGACAAGCUAGUCGGUCAUCAAGGCUCUCUGUUCAGAUGUUGCCGCUGGGUAGUACAGCGCUCUGUUUCAGUGUGUGGGUCAUCUCAUUGUUCUCUGACCAGUAGCUGGUUUCCCAGCAGUCCUUCUCUUCUUUGUAUCCAGCUGUUUCCUCCAUCAGAAGUGGGACUUUCAGCACCUCUCAGCCAGUAGUCUGUAUCAUCCCAGACCAUUAUAAUUCCCCUCUUCCUACUGGUGGAGGUCGUUGUGAAGAGCACCUGUGUGUGUGUGUGUGUGUGUGUGUGUGUGUGUGUGUGUGUGUGUGUGUGUGUGUGUGUGUGUGUGUGUGUGUGUGUGCGCGCGCGCGUGUGUGUGCAUGUGUGUUUGCGUGUGUCUACUUGUCUUUGUGUGCAUGUCUGUAUGAUAGCAGAAUUCAAAGAAUUAUAUAUCUUAUAUGAGUAUCAAGAGGUGCCACUAUUAAAGAUUCAUCAAGUCCUUUAGGCUACUGAAACCCCACAGUCUUACUGCUCUGUCUUUUUGUAAAUAUGAAUGUGCGUUUAUUGUAAAGUAAUGCUGAUGCUUUUGAGGUUUAUCUCAGUGACGAUGUGGUACAUUGAUGCAGAAUUUUCUUAUGUUGUAUUUUCUUAUGUGUGCAGAUUUCAAACAGUAGGUCCAACUGGAGAAAAAAAAAAAAAAAGCUGCUUGUGUCUCUGUCACCAUGGUAACUUAAACGGAAGAGAUUCACUUUGGCUAAUGUUAUUUUGGCUGUUUCAUCAUUUCAAUCAGUUAUGGCAGUUCACUUGGUAACUGCUUCAGCAAAACAGACUAAACUGCUCCCAUUGGUCAUAUCUGAUCACCAAUAUUCACCGACAUUAGUGAAAUUUACAACCAGGAAUGAGAUGUUUCAGAAUAAUAGAGAUUAUUUUUCAUUUAUUGCUCCCCUAAGAGUUCUCCCUGCAUUUUGCUACAUAUUUAUUGAACCUGAGGCUUUAGUUGUUACUGUGUAAAUUUGAUGUGUUGCUAAUACAUGUGUCAAUGUAAAUAAAAUUGUGUAUAAUGAAUUCCCAAU